GGAAAUUUCAAAAUCUGCGAAGGGAGCUGCUGAGACGUUAUCAGAAAAAAGUCAGGCUUUUGAGAUGACCAAUGCCUUUCAGACUAUAUCACAGACCGCAGAAGUCGUUAGGAAAGAACUAGACAAUCAUGGGAUUCAAGGACGAGUCUAUGUACUAUUGACUAAAUUGAGAAAACGAAAGAAGAUAUUUGAGAGUGAAGAGAAAAUGGUUGAGGCUAAUACCGAGGCGACCGGUGUUCUGGACAAGGGGAAUAGUUCAACAUCAAAAUUUGAUGGAAAUAGUGGCCAGAAGGUGUGGAAUUAUCGCGAAUGGUGGGGACGAAACGCACAUGAGGGGAAGGCGUUAUACAGCGCUACGUACGACGUCUGAAGGUACUUGUCCCCUGUUUUGGUGUCGGCGACAUCAAAGCUUGGCAAUACCUCCUUCCACCAUACCUUUGCAAUUGCA